AUGUUCGGUCUUUGUACAACUCUGUACACUUGUAUUGGAGGCUUAAAAGCCGUCGUUUGGACGGAUUCUUUACAAGCAGUUUUCAUGUACGGUGGAGUGGCGGCUCUGAUCUACAAGGGAUUGGCGCAUCCACGGGUCGGCGGAUUGAAUAGAGUUUUCCAAAUCGCCUCGGAAAGCGGUCGGCUUAGCGAGAUUUGGCGAUGGAAUGCCGAUAUUGCACAAUACAGCUCAAUUUGGAUCAAUAUUUUCUCGGGUACAAUCUGGUGGCUCAUGUUUUUCGGGGUGAAUCAAUUGGCCAUGCAACGAUACGUCAGCCUUCCAUCCGUUCAACACGCUCGCGGAAUCAUCUUCUGCACCCUGCUCCCCUUUGUCAUUCUCGUCUCGAUUGUUUCCUUUGUCGGGUUGUUGGUGUUGGCCUAUUUCCACAAUUGUAAUCCAUUGGAGACGGGACAAAUUCUAGAGACCGAUCACAUCACCAUUCUCUUUGCCAGAGACGUUCUACAGCCAACCCCGGGUCUCUUCGGUCUCUACGUGUCUUGUAUCAUGUCGGCCACGCUGUCCACUCUCUCAUCAGGAAUGAACUCAAUGGCAGCAGCUAUCUACGAGGAUUUUCUCAAGAAACGGUUAGAUGGAAAGAUCACCGACACACAAGCGGCACGGAUAAAUAAGUUAAUUGUUGUCUUGUGUGGCCUCAUCGCUACAGCUCUCGCAUUCACCUCCGAAUCAUUGGGUGGCAUUUUACGAGUUUGCAUGUCGGUGAUGGGUGCCAUGUCGGGUCCAAUGGUCGCCAUUUUUUGCAUCGCCAUCUUUUUCCCCAGAUCGGGAGUGAUCUCUUGUGUGAUCUCGUUUAUCGUCUCGAACAUAUUGAUGGCCAUCAUUUGCAUUGUCAACUAUUACGAAGAUCCCUACAAAAAUCUUUUCCUCUCAACGAAUACCAGUGUCAUUGGAUGCAGUGGUUUGGUGAAAAAUCCGCAUAAUUUUACAAUUCGCCAACAGCCUGACUACGAUGCACACUAUGGACAACCGGGAACUUUAUGGAUCAGUCGACUCUCCACACAUGGCUAUCCCCUCAUCGGUUUCAUCUUGAUGUUCGCAAUCGCUAUUCCAAUGUCGACCAUUUUGAAAGAGAAAGAGAUGAAGAAUACGAGACAUCUCACAUGGGCUGGAAGAAAAGAUCCAAUCCCCGUGGCCGAACAAGAGCUCGAUCAUUUCCUUAAAGAAAUCCCCAACAAUUUCAACGAGAAAUCGAAUCAU